AUGCCAGAAUCUCUCUGUCUCAGUGCCAUAAGUAGGCCCUCUGAUCCUCACUCCUUGCCCCGCCUCUUGCUUAAUUUAUGCAGCUCUAUUCUCAGACCUCGUAAUACACCUCCAACCAGUGCCUGGCCCAACAAGCCACUUCAGAUCCAGCAAACGGGCCAAGAGGUCCAGACAGACUCGCCCAAGGCCCGGAUCAGCUGCCCAGAAGGCACCAAUGCCUAUGGCUCCUACUGCUACUACUUUAAUGAAGACCUUGAGACCUGGGUUGAUGCAGAUCUCUACUGCCAGAAUAUGAAUUCAGGCAACCUGGUGUCUGUGCUCACCCAGGCAGAGGGUGCCUUUGUGGCCUCACUGAUUAAGGAAACUAGCACUGAUGACUGCAAUGCCUGGAUUGGCCUCUAUGACCCCAAAAAGAAUCGCCGUUGGCACUGGAGCAGUGGGUCCCUGGUCUCCUACAAAUCCUGGGUCAUUGGAUCCCCAAGCAGUAUCAAUCCUGGCUACUGUGUGAGCCUGACUUCAAGCUCAGGUAAAAGGAAAUGGAAGGAUGUGUCAUGUGAAGAAAAGUUUUCCUUUGCCUGCAAGUUCAAAAACUAG